GGCGUCUGUCCGCCGAGAAGCGCCGCCGCCGACCGGACGCCUCGGGCCCGCCCCCCGCUCCUGGGUCCCCGCCCCCGGCCGGCGCCGAGGUCCCUGCGCUUUGUUCGCGGCCGGCGCGGGUCGGAGGGCGCCGGGCGGGCCGGGGGCGGGGCUGUCCGGGGUCCCACCCCCGCCCCGCCUCCCCCCGCGCCGCCGAGCGCCCGCCGCCUCCCCGCGCUGCGCCCCGACCUGUCCAGUCCCGUUGGCGGCGCGGCCCGGCCCCGCGCGCUCUGCCCGCCUGCGCCCCGCGGCCGCGCCAUGGCGAGCCUGCGGCUGUCCCGCUCGGGCCCCUCCGGCCCGGCCCCGCUGCGGCCGCUGCUGCUGCUCCUGGUGGUGGCCGCGCGCGCCCUGCCCGGCGCCGGCGGGACGUGCCCCGAGCGGGCGCUCGAGCGGCGGGAGGAGGAAGCGAACGUGGUGCUCACGGGCACGGUGGAGGAGAUUCUCAACGUGGACCCGGUGCAGCACACCUACUCGUGCAAGGUUCGGGUCUGGCGGUAUCUGAAGGGCAAAGACGUGGUGGCCCAGGAGAGCCUGCUGGACGGUGGCAACAAGGUGGUGAUCGGCGGCUUUGGAGACCCCCUCAUCUGUGACAACCAGGUGUCCACUGGGGACACCAGGAUCUUCUUUGUGAACCCAGCACCUCCAUACUUGUGGCCAGCGCACAAGAAUGAGCUGAUGCUCAACUCCAGCCUCAUGCGGAUCACCCUGCGGAACCUGGAGGAGGUGGAACACUGUGUAGAAGAUAAACCUGGGGCACAUUUCACACCAGCUCCCCUGACGCCUGCGGAUGUGUGCCGGGGAGUGCUGUGCGGCUUCGGCGCUGUGUGCGAACCCAACGCUGAGGGGCUGGGCCGUGCAUCCUGCGUGUGCAAGAAGAGUGCCUGCCCCAGCGUGGUGGCGCCCGUGUGCGGCUCGGACGCGUCCACCUACAGCAACGAGUGUGAGCUGCAGCGGGCACAGUGCAGCCAGCAACGGCGCAUCCGCCUGCUCAGCCGGGGGCCCUGCGGGUCCCGGGACCCCUGUUCCAACGUGACCUGCAGUUUUGGCAGCACCUGCGCCCGCUCGGCAGACGGACGCACGGCCGUGUGCCUUUGCCCCACGACCUGCCCAGGACCCCCCGAGGGCACCGUGUGCGGCAGCGACGGCACCGACUACCCCAGCGAGUGUGAGCUGCUGCGCCACGCCUGCGCCCACCGGGAGAACAUCUUCAAGAAGUUCGACGGUGCAUGUGACCCCUGCCAGGGCGCCCUCAGCGACCCGAGCCACGUCUGCCGUGUGGACCCGCGCACGCGGCGGCCCGAGAGGCUCCUGCGGCCGGAGAGCUGCCCCCCGCAGCGGGCGCCCGUGUGUGGGGACGACGGGGUCACCUACGAGAGCGAGUGCGUGAUGGGCCGCACAGGGGCCACCCGAGGCCUGGUCCUGCAGAAGCUGCGCUCCGGCCGCUGCCAGCCACAAGACCAGUGCCCGGAGCCGUGCCGGUUCAACGCCGUGUGCCUGGCCCGCCACGGGCGCCCCCGCUGCUCCUGCGACCGCAUCACCUGCGACGGCACUUUCCGGCCCGUGUGCGCCCAGGACGGGCACACGUACGACAACGACUGCGCGCGCGGGCAGGCCGAGUGCCGGCAGCAGCGUGCCAUCCCCGCGCAGCACCAGGGGCCAUGCGACCAGGCCCCCUCCCCAUGUCGCGGAGUCCGCUGCCCGCCAGGGGCAGCAUGUGCCGUGAGGAACGGGGAGGCCGCGUGCGAGUGCCAGCCGGCGUGCCCGGGCGCCUACGACCCCGUGUGCGGCAGUGACGGCGUCACGUACGGGAGCGUGUGUGAGCUGGAGGCCAGUGCCUGUGCCCUCGGCCGGGACAUCCGCGUGGCACGCAGGGGGCCCUGCGAGCGCUGCGGGCAGUGCCGGUUUGGAGCCCUGUGCGAAGCCGAGAGUGGCCGCUGCGUGUGCCCUUCGGAGUGCGUGGCCACGGCCCAGCCCGUGUGUGGCUCCGAUGGGCACACAUAUGCCAGUGAGUGUGAGCUGCACGUCUCGGCCUGCACGCGCCAGGUCAGCCUGCACGUUGCCUCGGCCGGACCCUGCCAGACGUGUCGGGGCACAGUGUGCGCCUUCGGGGCUGUGUGCUCGGCAGGACGCUGCGUGUGCCCACGGUGCGAGCGCCCCCCACCGGGGCCCGUGUGCGGCAGCAACGGCGUCACCUAUGGCAGCGCGUGCGAGCUCCGCGAGGCGGCCUGCCUGCAGCAGACUCUCAUCGAGGAGGCCCGGCCGGGGCCCUGCGAGCAGGCUGAGUGCGGCUCGGGGGGCUCCGGCUCCGGGGAGGACGGCGAGUGUGAGCAGGACCUGUGCCGCCAGCGUGGGGGCAUCUGGGACGAGGACUCGGAGGACGGGCCGUGCGUCUGUGACUUCAGCUGUCAGAGUGUGCCCCGGAGCCCGGUCUGUGGCUCGGACGGGGUCACCUAUGGCAGUGCGUGCGAGCUGAGGAAAGCAAGGUGUGAGUCUCGGCAAGACCUGGACGUGGCAGCCCCGGGCCCCUGCCGAGGCCCCACCGCAGCCCCACUGCCACCCGCGCUGCCGCCGCACUGUGCCCAGACCCCGUACGGCUGCUGCCGGGACAACGCCACGACUGCCCAGGGCGUGGGCCUGGCCGGCUGCCCCAGCGUGUGCCAGUGCAACCCGCACGGCUCCUACGGCGGCACCUGUGACCCAGCCUCCAGCCAGUGCUCCUGCCGUCCGGGUGUGGGGGGCCUCAAGUGCGACCGCUGUGAGCCUGGCUUCUGGAACUUCCGCGGCAUCGUCACCGACGGCCACAGCGGCUGCACCCCCUGCAGCUGCGACCCCCGGGGUGCCGUGCGGGACGACUGUGAGCAGAUGACCGGGCUGUGCUCCUGUAAGCCCGGGGUGGCCGGCCCCAAGUGUGGGCAGUGUCCAGGCAGCCGUGCCCUGGGCCCCAGCGGCUGUGAGACAGACUCCACAGUGCCUGUGACCUGUGCCGAGACGCACUGCGCGUUUGGCGCAUCCUGCGUGGAAGAAGCCGGUUCUGCUCGCUGUGUGUGCCCAGUGCCCUCCUGCCUGGAGGCCAACGCCACCAAGGUCUGUGGGUCGGACGGAGUCACCUACGGCAACGAGUGCCAGCUGAGGACCAUCGCCUGCCGCCAGGGCCUGCACAUCUCCGUGCAGAGCACCGGCCCCUGCCGGGAGCCUGCCCCUCCCAGCCCCCACCCGACCUCUGCAUCCGAGGCCACUCUCAGGCUCCUCCCCAGUGGGGCCUUGCCAGCCCCGCCCAGUGCCCUCCCCCUGGCUCCCAGCAGUGCCCCCCGCAGCCAGCCCACUCCUCGGCCUUCAUCGUGGUCUGGGACCACAGCCAGCAUCCCCAGGACCGCCGUGCCCCCAACAGCUGCCCCAGACACAGCUGGCCUGGCCACAUCUGCCUUUGGGGAACUGGGCAGCACGGACGGCGACAACGAGCUGAGUGGGGACCUGGAAGCCAGUGGGGCCAGCUCUGGGGGGCUUGAGCCCCCCGAGGACCUUGGCACCGGGCCCCCUGGGCCUCCCGUCGAAAGGGCCUCCUGCUUCAACUCACCCUUGGGCUGCUGCGCGGACGGCAAGACGUCCUCCCUGGACGCAGAGGGCUCCAACUGUCCCGCCACCAAGGCCUUCCAGGGUGUGCUGGAGCUCGAGGCCGUCGAGGGGCAGGAGCUGUUUUACACACCAGAGAUGGCCGACCCCAAGUCGGAGCUCUUUGGGGAGACCGCCCGGGGCAUUGAGAGCGCGCUGGACGACCUCUUCCGGAACUCAGACGUCAAAAAGGACUUCUGGAGUGUGCGUCUGCGGGACCUGGGACCCGGCAGCUCCGUCCGCGCCAUCGUGGACGUGCACUUUGACCCCACCACGGCCUUCCGGGCGCAGGACGUGGGCCGGGCCCUGCUGCGGCAGCUCCAGGCGUCCAGGCGCAGGCCCCUGGCGGUGAAGCUGCCCCUGCAGGAGCACGUGCGUUUCAUGGACUUUGACUGGCUUCCUGCAUUCUUCACCACGGGAGCCACCACGGCCACGGCCGGAGCCACCACGGCGACCCGCCUGCUGUCCCCUGCCGUGACCCCCCGGGCCCCCGGCAGGACCACAGCCCCCCCACACACGCACCGGCCCCCCGCCACCACCCCGAGCCGCGUGCCUGGACGCCGGCCCCUGCCCCCAGGCACCCUGAGACCCCCGAGACCCUGCGACUCGCAGCCCUGCCUCCAUGGUGGGACCUGCCAGGACCAGGACGCCGGCUCGGACGUUGCCUGCAGCUGCCCCCCCGGCAGGGGAGGUGUCGUGUGUGAGGAGGCGCUGAGCCCCUCGGUGCCCUCCUUCGGGGGCCGUUCCUUCCUGGCCUUCCCCACGCUCCGCGCCUACCACACGCUGCGCCUGGCGCUGGAGUUCCGGGCGCUGGAGCCGCAGGGGCUGCUGCUCUACAACGGCAACGCCCGGGGCAAGGACUUCCUGGCGCUCGUGCUGCUCGGGGGCCGCGUGCAGCUCAGAUUUGAUACGGGCUCCGGCCCCGCGACACUGACCAGCUCUGUACCGGUGGAGCCAGGCCGGUGGCACCGCCUGGAGCUGUCACGGCACUGGCGCCGGGGGACGCUUUCGGUGGAUGGGGAGACCCCUGUCCUUGGCGAGAGCCCCAGUGGCACCGAUGGCCUCAAUCUGGACACGGAUCUCUUUGUGGGCGGCGUCCCGGAGGACCAGGCCGCUGUGGUGCUGGAGCGGACGUCUGUCAGUGAAGGCCUCAGGGGCUGCAUCCGCCUGCUGGACAUCAACAACCAGCGGCUGGAGCUGAGUGCUGGGCAGGCAGCUGUGGCCCGCGGCUCCCGGGUGGGCGAGUGCGGGCGCCACCCCUGCCUGCCCAGCCCCUGCCACGGCGGGGCCCCCUGCCAGGCCCUGGAGGCUGGCGCCUUCUUCUGCCAGUGCCCACCCGGCCGCUUCGGCCCCACCUGCGCAGACGAGAAGGACCCGUGUGAGCCGAACCCCUGCCACGGGGCGGCCCCCUGCCGUGUGCUGCCCGGGGGCGGGGCCAAGUGCGAGUGCCCUCUGGGGCACGGGGGCCCUUUCUGCCAGACAGUCUCAGAGCACAAACACCCCUGGCUCCUCCUGGCUGACUUCAGUGGUUUCUCCUACCUGGAGCUGAAAGGCCUGCACACCUUCGAGCGGGACCUGGGGGAGAAGAUGGUGCUGGAGGUGGUGUUCCUGGCCCGCAGCCCCAGCGGCCUGCUGCUCUACAACGGACAGAAGACGGACGGCAAGGGAGACUUUGUGUCCCUGGCCCUGCAUGACCGCCACCUGGAGUUCCGCUACGACUUGGGCAAGGGCGCGGCAGCCAUCAGGAGCAAGGAACCAGUGGCCCUGGGCACCUGGACCAGGGUCUCGCUGGAGCGGAACGGCCGCAAGGGUGUCCUGCGAGUGGGCAACGGGCCCCCCGUGCUGGGCGAGUCCCCGGUGCCGCACACCGUCCUCAACCUGCAGGAGCCGCUCUACGUGGGGGGCGCCCCCGACUUCAGCAAGCUGGCCCGGGCAGCCGCCGCAUCGUCCGGCUUCAACGGCGCCAUCCAGUCGGUCUCCCUGAGGGGCCGCCAGCUGCUGGCCCCGGAGAACCUGCUGCGGGCGGUGGAGGUCUCAACCUUCCAGGACCACCCCUGCACCCGGGCCUCAGGCCACCCCUGCCUCAAUGGCGCCUCCUGCCUGCCGCGGGGAGCCACCUACGAGUGCCUGUGUCCCGGCGGCUUCUCAGGGCUGCACUGCGGGGAGGGGCUGGUGGAGAAGUCGGCGGGCAGCCUGGACACCCUGGCCUUCGACGGGCAGACCCACGUCGAGUACCUCAACGCCGUGACGGAGAGCGAGAAGGCUCUGCAGAGCGACCACUUCGAGCUGAGCCUGCGCACUGAGGCUACGCAGGGGCUGGUCCUGUGGAGCGGUAAGGCCACCGAGCGGGCGGACUAUGUGGCGCUGGCCAUCGUGGACGGGCGCCUGCAGAUGGCCUUCGACCUGGGCUCCCAGCCUGUGCUGCUGCGCUCCUCCGUGCCCGUCAACACUGGCCGCUGGCUGCGGGUCAAGGCACACAGGGUGCAGAGGGAGGGCUCCCUCCAGGUGGGCAACGAGGCCCCCGUCACUGGCUCCUCCCCGCUGGGCGCCACACAGCUGGACACAGAUGGGACCCUGUGGCUGGGGGGCCUGGAGAAGCUGCCUGCAGGCCAGGGCCUGCCCAAGGCCUACAGCACAGGCUUUGUGGGCUGCCUGCGGGACGUGGUGCUGGGCCAGCGGCCACUGCAUCUGCUGGAGGACGCAGUCAGCAAGCCGGAGCUGCGGCCCUGCCCCGCCCCGUGAGGCACCCGCUGCCCGCUGUCACCCUGCUGUAAUUAUUUUCUAUUUUUGUAAACUCGAUGCUUUUUCAAUUUGGUUUUCUUGCCCGUGUUGGCCGGAGGGACUGCUGGGGCGGCCCCUUUUCUACCCAGGCAGCCGUGCUGCAGGUAAAACCUGGUGCUGAUGGGCUCCCCAGGGACAGCAGCAGCAGGAUAGACAGCGGGACGAUGGCAGGAUGGACAGGCGCCUCUGCCAAGGGCCACCGCAUUCUGCCCCCUGGUGCCAGCGGCCACUCUGGCUGCUCCAGUUUCAUGUGUGCACCCCUGACGGUCCUUAGUGUCACCAGGCCUGUCCGCACGCACACACUGCAUGGGGGGUUCUGUGUCCCCAGAGCAGGAAGGCGCUGCUGGGAUGCGACAGGGACCCUUCCUCCAUGUGAGAUCCCCAGGACCUCCCCAGGGUCCCACUUCGAGCUGCUCCCCACUUCCUGGGAAUGCUGCCUCACCCCAGAGCUGGCCUUGCCCAGGGCCCAGCACCCCCUGGGCCUCCUGUGCCAAUACUGUGACUUGGAGAUGCUGUUACUGGUGGGGACACACUCUGCCCCCCCCCCCCCAGCCAUGUCCACUCAGUCCUAGGGCUGUAGGGAGCGGAGGCAUUCGAGUGCCCUGAUCCCCGGCCACCCUGGGUGUGGCUGUGCUCCUCCCUCCACUCCGGGCUCGCAGAGGCCCCCAGAGAUACCCCAUGUGAGUGAUCGGGGCCCACGCCUGCCAGGCAGCCCAAGGCCACUGACCCAGAGCUCUUCCUGUGGACAUUGUUUAACACCCGGGGCACGGGGCUGCCCAAGCGGCCGAGGACACGCCCUUGCAGCCCAUCACCCAGCUCCAGGGGCCAUCAGCCUUGUCCAUGGGUGGCCACGGGGCAGGGAAGGCAGGGAAGAGCUGUGUCUGCUGUUGUCACCCCGCCUUGCCUGGCCCCGGCCUCUGGGCAGAACAGAUAAAGCUGGUGGGGGACAGCAGCUGGGCCCCCCACACACACUAGCCCAGGCAAGCCAUGGGGGUCAGAGCCCAGAGCAGGCAGAACAUUACUAACCCCAGCACCGUGAAAUAAAAUCUUGAAACUUCCUGGAGAGGUGUCUGUGUCUGCCGGCGUCAGGCCAUCCCUUCCGUGGUGUCCCCGCAGCCCCAGCCUUGGGGGGCAUGCAGGCCCUGAGCUCCCUUAGUGGCUCUGCGAAGUGGUGAGCUCUGCACUGAUUUUGUAUAAAUAGUAGAAAAAGCUAGAGAAUGCAAAUAAAACCAAACACUCUUAAGA